AUGCCUUGUACCCGUUGUUUCCGUGCGAAACGCGCUUGUCAAUUUGCUGAGGGCGCAAAUCGUUGUCAGUUGUGUGCUCAGCACAAGAAGCCUUGUGAUGGUUUGGUGGUGGCUUCGACACUGUCAAAAUUGAAUUCCCAGCGUAAGGAGUGGGAUGAGAAAGAAGAGGAGGCUGGUGAAGAGGUGCUGCGGAUCCAUGAGGAGUUGGCACGUCUUCAGUCCGACAUGGCUCUAGCAGUGAGCCGUUUAUCUCGUAUUCGUCAAAUUCGAAAGAAGGUGGUGGAGCGUCAGAAGGAGACGUUUGCGCGAGGCAUGCAAGAAUUGGACGCGGAGGAUGGCUUGCUGUCAGUCCUGGAUGCGCACGAGGCUGGUGUGGUUGGUGACCUUCGGUUUCUUGGGGUUCCUAAUGACCCUUCCUGGUCUUCCUUCGGUGUUGGGGAGGAGUUCGCUGAUCUUGGUCCCUUAGUGGGUGAUCCCGCUGGGUCCAGUACUGUUGGAGUUCCUCCUGAGCGUGUUCCAAGUUCUUAG